UGCGACCCCUGGGUUCAUGACCCAGACUGCUUCAGCAGCAAACAAGUUUAAAACUCCAACAACAUCAACCAAGUCUCUGUCUAGAUUUCGGACCCCUGGCUCCUCUACCGUCAGCACCCGUUCAUUAUAUCUAAAAUAGAUUAAAUAUAUAUAUUUAUACAGAUCAGGGGCGUAAUUAUAAUUUAAAAACUCUUUGUCGUCACUUUUUCGCUUAAAAAAUAUAUUUAAACACUUUCAUUUCUUCUUUUCGGAAAUUUUACCUUGAACUUGGUUUUGAAAUCUUGAAUAUUUUUUCCCAUCCCUGGUUUUGUAAUGUAAAAAAUUAUUAAUAAUAUAAUAAUGAUAAAAACAUGCUUUUAUUGUUAGCAUAGGUUUUUAGUUUAGUGUAUGGUAUUAUUUGGCAGAUUUUUAUAUUUUGUUACCAGGUUCAAGGGGGUGGGAUGCGCAAACAUUUAAUUGUUGAUACAAUUUUUAAAAUGAUUGUUUCUAGCGCCGCGCAUUUUUGGAACAUUGUACAUGUACAUUGUACAUCUAAUGUGACAAAUGAAAAUGUAGACUACUGUUAAAUAUUUUUUUCUUCAGCUUCCUUCUAACAUUAUUAUGUACCUGUCAGCACUACGCUUAUGUAAGCUUACAUAUAUUGUACAGAUUGCACAAAUAUUUUACGGACAUUUUUCUAAAUGAUUUUCUGGGAUUUUGAUUGACAUUUUUCGAUGCUUCAAGAUUUUUCUAGCUUUGUUAGCAUUAAAGGGACUGUAAGAGUACUUUCAAAUGACUUUCCAUCUAUUGUGUGGCAUGUCGGAUUUACAACGAUACCCCCUUUGGUUGACCAGGGAUUUCUUAAAUACUAUUGUUUAUACAGUGGGAAAUUAAGUACUAAGAACUUGCGCGAGUGUACACUAGCACAGAGAGAAACGUGUACACUGACUAAGGUACCGCUGUGAAUCGGAAAUCCCUCUGUUUAAAUGGAUGGUUAUUUGAAAUUACGCUGACUGUCCCUUUCACCUUGAGCCACAGUUUUGAAUCUGAUGUAAAUUCUAUUUAUCCCUGCUGAAAAUGUUCCAAAAAUCUAAUAAAAUGAAACACCUUCAAUUUCACAGUUUUUGGUCAAUAGUAAAUUGCUUUUUUGUAUUUUAUUCUUCAUUUUGAAUCAAUUCCUCUAGCAAAGUUCAAUGCUAUUAGUUAAUAAUGUAGAAAUUCCGAAUUGAAAUUAAUUCGCGAUUUUACUAUUACGCUUAUUUUUCACUAAUACGCUUGAAAGGGUUCGGCACUAAAUACUAUAUACAGUAAAAUCUUUUGUGUUUAAAUGUCGACACUAUACUUUGACAAAAAAAUACUGUUAUUAUAACCAAAUUUUUGUAAUAAACGUUUUGUAUUACUAACUAUAUUGUUAUUUUAAAAAUAUUGAGGAGACAUCUAGUGUCGAAUUUAUCAUCUAACCAUGAGUAAUUUCAGA